AUGAAGUUUUCACAUUCAUUACAGUUCAACGCUGUUCCAGAAUGGUCUUCAAAGUAUAUAGCGUAUACAACUUUAAAGAAGUUAAUCUACUCACUUCAAAGGGAUAGUUUAAAAGCGGGAAGGAGCGACUUAGAGUCGGCCCAUCUUAUUACCAACGAAAGUCGAGCAGAUCAAGAUCCUUCUACUGUAUUUUUGGCUGCUCUUGAUGCAGAAUUGACUAAGGUGGAUGAAUUUUACCAGGUCCAAGAGUCAUAUAUUUUCAAGGGUAUUGAGGAAUUAAUUGUUGAUAUCGAGAAUUUCGAAGCGGAACUUGACGGGGUCAAUUUUAGCAAGCCAGCUGACUUUGGAAGUUUUUCGUUGAAUAGAAAAAAGCUGAGUGGCAGUGGGGGUGUUGCGCCGUCGGACACCUCUAUUGAACAUUACCAGACUGACACUGAUCGUGAAAUUCAGGAAGAGGAUGACAAUGACGAUGAGGACUCGGGAGAAGAAAGAGGGCGUCCGAAGAAUAGACCGUUAGAGCAUACAAAGUCUAUUGACCAUUAUUUAAAAACACCCAAGACUCUGGAGGUUUGGAAUAAUUUGAACAACUAUACUUCCAAUUUACCACCUCAGUUGCUCAUCCUUUCUGAAAAUCGGGUGAUUUUAAGGAAAAGAAUUAUUGGAUUAUUUACAACGUUAUCCGAAUUGAAGUCUUACAUAGAAUUAAAUAACACCGGGUUUAAGAAGGCUUUAAAGAAGUUUGACAAAUCCUUAAAUACCAAUUUAAAGGACGGGUAUUUGAAUGAUUUGCCUCAAAGAACAUACAUAUUUCAAGACACUACUAUUACAAAAGUUGAAGAUAAUAUUAAUUCGUUAAUUAAAUUAUAUGCUUUGAUAUGUAAUCAUGGAAAUGAUUUAGAGACUGCCAAAUCGGAAUUAUCGAUUCAUUUAAGGGAGCAUGUCAUAUGGGAAAGAAAUACAAUCUGGAGAGAUAUGAUCGGUUUGGAAAGAAAGACUUAUGCAGCAAACUCUAAAGUAUCAAAUCCUGAGAACACUAACAGUGAGAAGACUACUGGCAAUAUAUCAUCCAGCUUUAAUAUUUCGUUCAAGAAUCCAACAGUUGCAAAACUGAUAGUGAUUAUAUCAAUAACGUUAAUAUUAUUGAAUUUUUCUCCAUUCGAUGAUCUUCAACAGAAGAAUUGUUUUGCAUUAUUAAUAUGUGCAUCCUUACUCUGGGCCACUGAAACUAUUCCAUUAUUUGUAACAUCGCUUUUAAUACCUAUUUUAAUUGUGGUAUUACAAGUUUUGAAGAAUGAUGAUGGUUCAUUAAUGGAUGCGGUAUCUUCGUCCAAGUUCAUUUUGUCAACAAUGUGGAACUCGGUGAUCUUGUUAUUAUUGGGUGGUUUUACUUUAGCAGCAGCCUUAUCGAAGUAUAAUAUCGCCAAAGUCAUUUCUACCUGGAUUUUAUCAAAAGCAGGAACGAACCCGUCUGUUGUUUUAUUGACAAUUAUGGGUGUGGCAUUAUUUGCAUCCAUGUGGGUAUCUAAUGUUGCUGCUCCUGUUUUAUGCUUCUCGUUGAUUCAACCUAUUUUGCGUACAUUACCUAAAGGUUCUCAAUUCAUAAAUGCAUUGAUUUUGGGAAUUGCAUUGGCUUCAAAUAUUGGUGGUAUGGCAUCUCCUAUCGCUUCUCCCCAAAAUAUGAUUGCCAUUGGCUCUAUGGAGCCACAGCCAUCUUGGGGACAAUGGUUUGUUAUUGCAUUACCAGUUUGUAUCCUUUCCCUUUUCGCUGUGUGGGUAUUUUUGUUGCUCACAUUUAAUUGUAAUUCAAAAAACACCCAAUUGGUUAGCAUCAGAACUAUCGAUGACAAAUUCACUGGAAUCCAAUGGUACAUCAUAGGUGUUACAAUGUUUACUAUAUUUUUAUGGUGCAUUGCGUCAAGGUUAGAAGGCAUAUUCGGUGAGAUGGGAAUAAUAGCAUUAAUUCCAUUACUUUUGUUCUUUGCACCAGGAUUAUUAACAACCGAAGAUUUCAAUAAUUACCCAUGGAACAUAGUUAUAUUAGCUAUGGGUGGUACUGCGUUGGGUAAAGCAGUUGCAUCUUCAGGGCUAUUAUCGACCAUAGCGCUGACAAUAAAACACCAAGUCGAAGACUUUUCAUUAUUUGGUGUAACGUUAACCUUUGGUCUUUUGAUCUUAAUCAUGGCCACUUUUAUUUCUCAUACAGUAGCUGCGUUGAUUAUAAUUCCUUUAGUUUCGGAAAUAGGUAAUGACUUACCAGAGCCACAUCCAAGAUUAUUAAUCAUGGCAAGCGUAUUAUUAUGUUCAGCGGCCAUGGGUUUACCGACAUCAGGAUUUCCUAAUGUUACUGCCAUUUGUAUGACUGAUGAAUUUGGAAAACCAUACUUGACUGUUGGUACGUUUAUCUCAAGAGGUGUUCCAACUUCAAUAAUUGUUUAUUUUAUUACUGUUACCAUUGGUUAUGCAAUUAUGAGAUUAAUUAAUUUCUAG